GUUCAUGUUAAACUUUCAAGCUGUAGCUCUCAGCAAACACAAACACCAAAGAUGAAAGACUUCCUGAAACAGUUUUUUCUUGAGAAACUCAACGUCUUUGUUGCCGUCGUUGUGAGUUUCACCUACAACAUUUUACUUGACAGACAUGUGGCGUGUCCUUGUCAACAACCAGGCCGCAGCCUUUACUGCUACCAAUACCUGUCACUGCCAUGUGGAAUUAUAUUCAUCUUGAUACUCUGGACAGACAUGGUGUUCAUGGCAAUCUGCAAAUAUGCACAUCGCAACAACUGUAGUACAUGUGAUUGUGUAAGUGCAUGUUGCAGUAAGUGUUGUAGACUUUUUGGAGUUUUAGUCAAUCGGUUUCUGAAGGCAGCUCUAGUUGCUCUACUCUGGGUUGUUUCUGUGUUGAUCGAUGGAGACUGGUAUGUCUGUUGUUGGAACAAUCAUUCAGAGAAAGGCUCUAAUAUCACCUGCAAAGACAAUUACAACAUCACAACUGAUCAACGAGGGCUCAUCACUGGCCUGAAGAAUGAAUCACUGAUGUUUGGCCUCUCAUUGUUAUUCGGGAUCAUUUUUUUGGCUUUCGUGGCUGCACUGUGUGGUCAGAGCAAAUGUGACGACUGUGACAGACGAGUGUAUGAAAAAGAGAUUUUGAAAGAGGAGGAAAAUACACGUGAGGAACUGCUGAAAGAAAAGGCAAAGAAAAAGUUGACUCAAGAAAUGACAGAGAAAAUAGAUGCUGGAGAAUGGAGCGAAUGUUUGGGUGUUGCUGAAAAACUGGUUGAAAAUGGACCAAAACCAAGAGAUCUCCAAACCUCAGGAUCCAAAGACGGUAUGGAAAUGACAACUAGCACAUGAUCAACUAAAUGCAUCAAAUGUUUGCUUUUUUGCUUUUUAAUGAAUAUAAAUCUUUAAUCUUUUUUAUGUUUAUUUUCUAUUAAACCUUGACGUCUCCAAUAUAAUGACCAAGUUAAUCGUCAUGAAUGUGUUCACUCUGAGAUUCUGAUCUAGUUGUAGUUUGAACCAAACUGUAGUCAUGUUGUGUUACUGUAGGAAGAAGCUGAACUAAAGCUCCACUAAUAACUAAUAACCAACCACAUCAUCACUGUGUACAGCUCUACAUCUAAUAAAGCUCAGCUCAUCUUAAA